AUGUAUUAUGCGAGUUCCGAGCAGAACAUUGCUGCACAGAUGAGGAACACUUUUCAAGAAUACAAACAGUUUAGUUCACAUGUGUUCUCGAAACGCCUGGCUAUUCACCUAGGAAUGAUCUGCAUAUGGGACAGCCUUUACUUGGUCGCUUGUCUGGCAACGUAUGGUGUGCCAUCCUUACUGUACGGAAUGAUACCUGUCUAUGGUGUUAUGGCUUAUAUUCUCUUUUUACUUCAACCAUUCGCUUCCUUCUGUGUCUCCUGCACAAUCUGGCAAGUGUUUGCGAUAACACUAGAAAGAGAAGAUCGAUGUUUCAUGUUCGAUAAGAAAAAUACCUGCUCUACGUGUGCCGUAUCCAAUGACUGCUUCAGGUACUUGGCCGUCUCAAAGCCUUUGGAACAGCGAGCUCGAACUGCUCGUUUCGCUGCUGGAUGGCUAUGCGCUGCGAUUGCUGCUGGAGCAUUUGUGCUGAAUCUUUUACCAGUUCCUUUCGAAAGACAGCUUGUCCCCUGUUUUGAAAUAGUGGGAAGUCGCCUUCGCAAUCACACCUUGUUGAAACCUUAUGACGACAGCAACAGUCGCCUGUAUAGAUUUGUCGUUCACUUCUUUCCGGAUCUGAUUUUUCGAGCUCCUCUUCCCAUUAUUUUCAUUGGAACGUUAACGGUCAAAACCAUUCAUGCAUGUAAUCAACGGAGUGUUGGAAAUGUGCAUCUUACCGCACAAAUAAACAGGAAUAUCCCAUUGCGAUUAUACCUUCUUAACUUCAAGUUCAUUCUAUGCAAUACACUCUACAUGUUCAAUACAAUUUUAUUAGAGCUCUUGGGCUAUGGAGAGAGCGUUGAGUAA